CCCAGAGCUGUUAGCUCCGAGCCAGUCCAUUGUGAUGACGAUCAAUGUUGGGUGUACAACACCUACUCUACUUAUCCAUUGUACAUCCUUUCCUCUUUACCCCCCUUGAUCGUUAUUAUUAUUAUCGUUACUUUGAGAGUCGCAAUGACUACCUUUGUCCCCCGUCAACCUUACUCCCAGGAUGAGUUGUCCAAGCUCUAUCCGAAAGAACUCGACCUACAGCUCGUGCAAGUAUUGCUUCGCCAUGGCGAACGCACGCCAGUUAACCCCCGUUUCCAGAAUACUGGCCUGUGGCCUUAUUGGCCUUACUGCAAUUCCGCGAAGCAAUUCACUAGUGCAAUCAUGGCUUCGACAGAUGGCACUAAGUGGGAUCAAUUGAAGUACCAAAGACGAUUAGAGACCUUCAACUCAGAUGACAGUCCAGUAUUCGCUUCUGGUGUAUCUGGUGAACACGAUGCCAUUUGCCAGCCAGGUGAGUUGACAGACAAAGGUCGGGAGACCACAUUGGCCCUGGGUCAGCGGCUUCGCCAUUUGUAUAUUGACCAGCUAUCGUUCAUGCCCAAGUCAAUGACGGAUAGCGACAUGAUCUAUCUUCGCGCCACCCCUAUUCCGCGUGCUCUUGAAUCGGUCCAGCAAGCAUUUUACGGCUUUUACCCCCCGAGCGCAAGGAAAUCUGAUCUAGAUCUGACCAUAGUUACUCGCACACCAGCUGACGAGACGCUAUUCCCCAAUGACAGCAAUUGCAGACGUUUGGCUCAUCUGAGCCGCGCCUUCGCCAAACGUGCCGCAGAGCGUCAUAAUGACACAGAGGACAUGGAUUAUCUGUCCAAACUCCUCUCCAAAUGGAUGCCCGGGGAGAACCAAAAGGUGGCUGUGGACUCUCAUCCAAGACUCUCCGGUAUCAUGGACACGGUCAACGCCACCGAUGCUCACGGUCCGGCAACGAAGCUACCCAAAGAAUUCUACGACCCCAAAGCCCGAAGCAUCAUAGACAGGAUCGCUGUCGAAGAAUGGUACGCCGGCUACAAGGAGUCGGCGGAAUACCGCAUGCUCGGCAUCGGAGGGUUGAUGGGUGACAUCACGAGCCGAAUGACGGGGAGCGCGGAGCGCAAUGACGGCAAUGCUGGUGAUCUUGGUCGUACAAAAUUUGCACUUUCGGGGUGCCACGACACCACGCUCGCUGCCGUACUAACCAGUCUUGGUGCUUUCAACGAUGAGAACUGGCCUCCAUUCACCAGCCACAUUGCUGUGGAGCUCUUCCGCAAGAAGGCCAAGUCAGAUUCUCAGACCGCGGUCGACCCCCCGUCUCCUUCUCCGAUGGGGUCAAAAUCUCAGUCUUGGUGGACGUCGCUUUUUGGCGCUGCUACGAACGCCUCCUCUCCAGCUCAGGGCAUCGCACGUAAACCCCUGGCCGAUUUAAGUGCGGAGCAGAAGGAUAGGCUCGAAGGAUACUACGUGCGAAUCCGAUACAAUGACAAAGUUAUGCAAGUUCCUGGCUGCAAACCCCAGGGUAAACACUUGGAAGGCGAAGAAAGUUUCUGUACUCUGGAAGCGUUCAAGGACAUAGUGGACAAAUACACGCCCAAGAACUGGAAACACGCUUGUGCCAGCAACGUCGAUGCUCCAUUCUUCCCGGCUCAACCCGAACCUGCUGGCUUUGCAUAAACGAACCCAUCUAGUUGAAUCAGUUGCCGAUCGAUAAUGCUUGGAAUGCGCAUACGUUGAUUCAAACUGGGUUGUUUCUACUUUGUUCUACAAAAACAAAAUGCUUUACGCAGCGGCGAGCUAGGGGAGAGUUAUGUCUAUGGCAUAUAGUCACCUUAACUUAAUUCUCUGCUGAAGAAUGAGUCUGUCUAGAGAAAAAUACCAGUGGCAUAGAGAAAGAGAAGGAAAUCCCAUCCCGACAAUCGUAGCCAUCAUUUUGACUUUUUGGAGCGUUUGUACGUAACUCAGAAUGCAAUCUACCAAUACGUUGACAUAUUGACCUCCCCAUUCAAUUGCAACAUCCAAUACUGGUGAUGUAGUUGUGUGUGUUCCUGAUUUUCACUGUGUGCGAGGGAAAGGAGCAGAAUUCUCCCAUGGGCUUGUCAGAGGGGGAGGAUCGUAUGAUGCAAGUCGGACUCUGGUUGAAGAAGACAUGAUCCUUUGGACUGCGGUACAUCAGAAACAAGCCAGCCCUAUGAGUAGAACACAAUCAUUCAAACUAGCAGUGUUGCCGUGAUAGCCGUUUAUCUUUUCUUUUUCGGGUAUUGCAUCCCUGGCCUCUGGUGCUGAAAGCAAAACUCCUUUUUUGAAGCUUUUUGUGCCCGU